CUAUCUAUGGGUGAGUGCAGAAAGAGGCGGGGAAAUAAGGUCAAGGCGUCAGUAGUGCUUGCGUGAUGAAUCGCUAAGCGAUUGGUCGGCCCGUCCAGGAGGCGUGUCCCAGUCCGGGCACCGUGGAGUUCCGCGAUGGUCGGCGAUUGGUUGAUUUGGUUCUGGGACGGGCGGGAGAACGGCCCGUGGUUGGUCAGCGCCGGUGCGUGUGGCCGGUCUCGCUCGCGGCGGAGACUCGCGAUUGGCCGGGCCGGGGCGCGGCGUCACUCGGGCUCCCCGGCCGGCGGCGAUGGCGCAGGGCGGCUGGCGCUGGGUGCGCGGGCUGUGGCUCGCGGGGCGGCCCCUGUUCCAGGGUCGCGCGCUGCUGCUGACCAACACGCUGGGCUGCGGCGCGCUCAUGGCGGCCGGCGACGGCGCUCGUCAGGCCUGGGAGAUCCGCGUCCGGCCGGGGCAGAGGGUCGACCCGUGGCGCUCAGCCCGCAUGUUUGCGGUGGGCUGCAGCAUGGGCCCCUGCCUGCACUACUGGUACCUGUGGCUGGACCGCGUCCUCCCCGCCGCCGGCCUGCGCGGCCUCCCCAACGUCCUCAAGAAGGUGCUGGUGGACCAGCUGGUCGCCUCUCCCCUGCUGGGCGCCUGGUACUUUCUGGGCAUCGGCUGCCUGGAGGGCCAGACUCUGGAGGAGAGCCACCGGGAGCUGAGGGAUAAGUUCUGGGAGUUCUACAAGGCCGACUGGUGCGUGUGGCCCGCCGCACAGCUGGUGAACUUUCUCUUCGUGCCGCCCCAGUUCCGGGUCACCUACAUCAACUGCCUGACGCUGGGCUGGGACACGUACUUGUCCUACCUGAAGUACCGGAUCCCCGGGCCCCUGACGCCCCCCGGCUGCAUGGCCCUGGACUCGCGCGCAGACUGAGCCUCCCGGCUGCUGCUCGGACCCGCCCGGAGCCCCGACCAGGACGGGGUUCUGCGCCGCCUCCGGGCCGCACCAGCGUCCAACACGUCGAGGUUUGCAUGGAGUCCGUGACCGCGACAUGGCCGGCCCAGACGCGGGCGGACUGCAUGGCCGCCCCAGCCCACCCUGGGUAGGACCAAAGCAAGGGGAAGCCGCCCCGAGCACCCCAAGCUCUGGACCAGGCAGGGCAGCCUCCGGCCUGGCGCCGCUGCAGACUGUGGGACAGCCAUUAAAUGCUCUGAUUCCGAA